UCCUCCCGCCCCCGGGGGUCUCCCGGCCUUUCGGGGCCGCCCCAGCCCGGCCCGAGGAGCGGCGGGAGGAGCCCGGCCCGGCGGGGCGGCAGGGGGAGCAGGAGCACAGGCCGCGGCUCCGGCUGCCAGGAGCGGCCGCCGCAGGAGCCGCACGGGCGACUUCUCGGAGCCGGAGGGAGGCGGCGCGGAAAGCCCGGCGGAGGAGCCGAGGAUGCGGCCGCUGCCGCCGGCCUCUGCUUAGCGGCGAGCGCGGCCCCCCGGCGGCGGCUCCACCACCCGCCGCCCCUCGGCGCCGGAGCGCAGGAAGCGGCGCCCGGCUCCCAGGGCCCCCCCUCCUUCUCUCCCCUCCCCGCCCAGCGCAGCGCGGGCGCGGGCGGCUCGGGCCGCCGCGGGAGCAGCAGGCGCUGGCGUCGGAUGCCUGCGCUACGCCAUCCCGGUGCUGCCGCGGCCUGGACUCCGCGGGGAGCGCGGGCGAUCGGCGGCCGCUCCUUUGUGUCCCAGGUAGCAUAAGUCCAUUCUUCAGCUUUCCUUCGGUAACCGAUAAAAGUCAGAGAAUAUGAAUUCAAGCUCAUUAUUUGGAGGGGUUUCAGUGUCCCUUAUGUGAAAUACGAUCCUACAAAGCUGUUGGAGCAAUAUGUUUCCGACAGCAGUAGUGAAGAACUGGAAGACUGGUUGAUUAACAUACUAAAAUGGAGUAUUUACCAAUGCAGUAACUGAGGUGCUGACAAGUUUUAACUUCUUCAUCCUUAUAAACAUGAGUGAAGUUCAGGCUAUGGUAGAAUUCUCCGUGGAGCUCCACAAAUUCUUCAAUGUUGAUUUGUUUCAAAGAGGCUUUUACCAGAUUCGUGCAUCUAUGAAAAUUCCUCCAAGAAUUCCACACAAAUUAGAAGCUAGUUUGUUACAUGGAACUGGUACAGAUCUUGCCUUUCCUGCUUCAGUCCAUGACAAUAUAGUUUGCAGUAAAACAUUUCAGAUUCUUUACAAAAAUGAGGAAGUUUCUGUGAACGAUGUGAUGAUUUUCAAAAUAAAAAUGCUCUUGGAUGAGAGGAAGAUUGAGGAGUCACUUAAUGAAAUGAAUUUUCUACUAACAUUAGAUCUACACUUCACGGAUACAGACUAUUCACCAGAUGACCUGAGCACACUACAGCCAAUUAGUAGCCGAACUUUAAAGUUGCACUUUAACUUACACCAGGGCCUUCAUCAUUACGUCAACGUUAUGUUUGAUUACUUCCACCUUUCUGUCAUAUCGGUUAUAGUUCAUGCUUCUUUGGUUGCUCUGCAUCAGCCAUUGAUAAGUUUUCCUCGCCCAGUGAAGAAUACAUGGUUGAACAGGAAUGCACCAGCACAAAACAGGGACUCUGUGAUUCCUUCUCUUGAAAGUGUGGUCUUUGGCAAUAACUACACAAAACAGUUAUCAGCAGACGGUUGCAGCUUUGUUGUUUCAGAAUCUUUCCUCAGCCAUGCUUAUAAUUUCCACUAUACACUUUGUGCCAGUUUACUGCUUGCUUUCAAAGGGUUACACAGCUAUUUCAUUAUGAUAACAAAGGAGCUCCCCUCUUCUCACCGAAUUGAACUGGCCAAGGCCAGCAUGCAGGUCCUUUAUGAACGCCUUCUCAGAAGAAAAUAUCCACGAACCCAGAGAGACGCCUACCUAGAAAACAUAGAUGUAGAAGUUCGUCUGACAGAAUUGUGUGAGGAAGUAAAGAAAAUGGAAAAUCCUGAUGAACUGGCAGAACUUAUAAAUAUGAAUCUUGCUCAGCUUUGCUCACUUCUGAUGGCUCUCUGGGGGCAAUUUCUGGAGGUCAUUACCUUACAAGAGGAGGUCACAGCUUUACUAGCACAAGAGCAUCACACGUUAAGAGUGCGCAGAUUUGCAGAAGCAUUCUUUUGUUUUGAGCAUCCUAGGCAAGCUGCUCUUGCCUAUCAAGAACUACAUGCUCAAAGUCAUCUACAGAUGUGUGCAGCUAUCAAAAAUACUUCCUUCUGCAGUUCUCUUCCACCUCUCCCUAUUGAAUGCAGUGAACUAGAUGGGGAUAUGAACUCUUUGCCUAUUAUCUUUGAAGAUCGAUAUUUAGAUUCAAUUACUGAAGAUCUGGAUGUACCCUGGUUGGUAGUUCAGAGUCUUCCAAGGGCAGAGUCCAAUAAACUGGAUAAAUUUGAAGCUGAAGAAGGUUUUGUUGCUGGUUUUACUAGCCCAGAACUGAAAAUAAGACCUGCCGGUGCCUCCAUCUUUUGGCAUUCAGAAACUGAAAAGAUGCUAACAAAAGCUUUGAAAGGGAAAAAUGAAGAUGCAAAUAAAUCCAAAGUUAAGGUUACUAAGCUCAUGAAAACAAUGAAACCUGAGAACACAAAAAAAGUCAUAAAACAGAACUCAAAGGACUCUGUGGUCUUAGUAGGCUACAAAUGUUUGAAAAGUGCAGCGCUGGAAGAUGUCUCUAGAAGCUCAGAAGGCAAGCCUUCAUACAAUGCUAACGAAGGGCUGGACCCUACAUUAGGUGGAUUUCCUUGUGAUACAAAGACCUGCACCAGGCAGAUAAAUCAAAGAGAACUUCCAUUUUUACCAUCUGGAACUGAGGAAAAGGCUGCCAAGAUUGAAGGUGACCAACCGGGUCCAAGUAGUCCUGUGCACUGUGAAAAUGAAGCUAUUUUUGAUAGACUGACUAUCUCCCAGACAGGUUCUGGAACUGCUCAAGCAGAUAGUGCUUUACAGCAGAGAGGUACACUUGAAGGUUGUCAUGGAGGUCAACCAGCUUCCUCAGGAGUCAGGACAAUCGAGGUCAAACCAAGUAAUAAGAAUCCUUAUGAAGGGGGGAAAGUAGUGGUUCACAUUGGAUCGUGGGCUGAGUUUCCACAAAGUGGAGUGCACGGAGAGAAUUUGCAGACACUCAGUUUUCAUCCUUCAGAAUCUGGAAAUAAAUUUAAUUCAGGAGAACAGGAGCCAGUCCUUGAAAAGGAAGAUGCUCAUGAGAGAAACUGUCAUCAUACCAGUGACAUCUUAACAAAAAUGAAAAAUAAUCCGCCUACUCUUUCUACGAAAGAAAGUCAACUUUCUGCAAGUGGAGACAUGACUAAAUUACCAGAUGUUAGUGUGACAUGUGCCUCUUCUAGGUUUUCAGAUUCAGGUGUAGAAAGUGAACCAAGUUCUUUUGCAACUCACCCCAACCCUGAUCAUGUUUUUGAAAAUAUUCAAGGGCAAAGCACAUACAAUGGUGAGAGAGUAUUUCCUCAGCCUUUACUAAAAGCGGACUGUGCUGUAAAAUAUGCAGUAGAAAGCCAUUGCACUGAGAGUACGAGUGCUGUAAGUGAAAUACAGUCAUCCCUGACGUCCAUAAAUUCACUGCCUUCAGAUGAUGAUGAGCUGUCACCUGAUGAGAAUUCAAAGAUAUCUGUUGUACCUGAAUGCCAGCUAAGUGACAGCAGAACGGUAUUGGAUCUAGGAGCAAUUGACUUGACAAAAUGUGAUGACAGUAAAACAUCAAAUCAACAGUGUGUUGUAUUUUCAGGGCACUUGGAUAACAAAACUCUGUCUAUACAUUCCUCGCUCUCAGGAACAAAAGAUCAAUUACAGUUAGACGCGUCCUCAUCUGAAACAACUACUGAUGUGAAAAAUUAUAGCCCACAGGCAGACCCUGGCACAACCUGCAAGGAUUCUCAGGACCUUGAAAGGCAUCCUGAUGCUGCAGAAGAAGCAGUUAAAUUGCAUUUGGAAAUUACUUGUAUGGGUGAGCCAUCUAUUGUUUCAGGUUCUUCAUCUGUAAAUGCAGUGUAUGAGGUUGAAAACACAAAUGAAGGAAAACAUAACAAGCCUUUAGAACUAAAGGAGACAACUGAAGAACCGUCAAUAGCUAAAAGUGAAACUGGUACAGAUAAUCCUUCUCCAACCGGUAGUGCUGACAUGGUAAAACAAGGGCUUGUCGAAAACUAUUUUGGCUCUCGAAGCAGCACAGAUAUUUCAGAUAUUUGGCCUGUGGACAACAGCAAUCCUGUUAGCCCUCAAAAGGAGGCACAUGAAAAACAAAUUAUUUGUUCUUCCCAACAAGACGAGGAAGAAGAGGAGGAUCAAGAAAUGAUUGAAAAUGGGUAUUAUGAAGAAACAGACUAUAGUAUAUUAGAUGGAGCUUCCAGUGCUGACCAGGAUCAUGGCUUAGCAGAAGAGAGAGCUCUGAGAUCUGAAAGGAUUGAUAGUGGACACCUGCAAGAUGUAAUGACUGUGCCUCCUGUCUGUACUCCUGGUUGUCUGUCUUUUCCAUCUUCUCUGAGAGACUCUCCUUGCAAUGUUAUCUGUUCUUCAAAGAAUAAAUCUGAUGCAAUUACACAACAGCCAGGCAGCACAUCCUACAGCUCAGCAUCAGCUGUUUCCUGGUAUGAAAGCUCCCCAAAACCUCAAGUCUUAGCUUUCCUACAGGCCAAAGAAGAAUUGAGGCAACUUAAACUUCCUGGAUUUAUGUAUAGUGAUGUUUUCAAACUGGCUUCUUCGGUACCAUAUUUCAGCAUGGAAGAGGAUGAUUGUUCAGAAGAAGGAAUACAUCUUAUAGUCUGUGUCCAUGGCCUAGAUGGUAACAGUGCAGAUCUAAGAUUAGUGAAGACUUACAUUGAGCUAGGCCUGCCUGGAGGAAGAAUCGAUUUUCUUAUGUCUGAAAGGAAUCAGAAUGAUACCUUUGCUGAUUUUGAUUCCAUGACAGAUCGUCUUUUAGAUGAAAUUAUACAGUAUAUACAAAUUUAUAAUCUAACUCUUUCAAAAAUCAGCUUUAUUGGACACUCACUGGGUAAUUUAAUAAUCCGUUCAGUGCUUACAAGACCUCGAUUUAAGUAUUACCUCAACAAACUUCAUACCUUCCUGUCUCUGUCUGGACCACAUCUUGGUACCCUCUACAACAGCAGUGCUCUUGUUAAUACAGGACUGUGGUUUAUGCAGAAAUGGAAGAAGUCUGGUUCUUUGUUGCAAUUAACAUGUCGAGACCAUUCGGAUCCACGACAGACAUUCUUAUAUAAACUUAGUAAAAAAGCAGGUCUUCAUUACUUCAAAAACAUUGUGUUAGUAGGAUCUCUGCAGGAUCGUUAUGUUCCUUAUCACUCCGCUCGCAUUGAGAUGUGUAAAACAGCUUUAAAAGAUAAACAAUCAGGACCAAUUUAUGCUGAAAUGAUCCAGAACCUGCUUCUGCCAGUUCUUCAAAAUAAGGAAUGUAAUUUGGUUCGUUAUAAUGUAAUUAAUGCAUUACCCAAUACAGCAGAUUCUCUCAUAGGGAGAGCUGCACACAUUGCUGUUCUUGAUUCAGAAAUAUUUUUAGAAAAAUUCUUUCUUGUUGCUGCCCUAAAAUAUUUUCAGUAAGAAGAGCAUUGUAAGAGACUUGGUUAUUACCUCAUUAACAGAUGAAUUCAAAUAAUGUGUGGUGUUAAAGUAUAGCCUAAGCUGUAUUUUAAGAGAUAUUUAUACUUUUUAUAUGGAAGAUAAUUUAUAUCAUCCACACUUAGGGCUUUUUAACAUCAACUUUACUUUCUAGGUAAUGUGGCUGUGCAAUAUUUUUUUAUUUUGUUCUUUUUACUUUUCUAUUACUUUUUCUUAAUUUUGGGUACCUAAUUAUUUGGAGAUUAAAGCACAGUGUGUACUUUGGUUGGUUUGUUAUUGGCUCUCAGACUACAAAAGUCAAUGUUACUUGGCUACAUUUUACCAGAGGCUAUAGAUGCCAAAAAUAAAUUGGAUUUUAAAAUUCUAAUAAGGUCUUCUUACGUGUUCAGUUGUCGUAUUUUAGCACUGUAGGAAGUUUAACUGGAAACACAAUGAGCUGCUAAAAUACUGGAUGUUUGAAAAUGACAAUACUGCGAGUCUCACUACAGCUUAACAGUUUUCUACAAAAGCAUUAUCUUCAUUGUCAAAUAUAUUAUGCCUGUGGGAAUACAUUUUCUACUGAUCUCAAAAACAUGUUAGUUUACAUACACAAAUUUUAUUACUGGAACUUUCGUUUUCAGAAGCAAAUGGCAACUAAGGAUUUUUGAAUGUUCAGCGAUAGCUGCCUUCAAACAGUUGGGGUUUUGCAAACUAUUAAAAUGGCUCCCUACUCUGUCAGUUCUUCAGAUGAACAUGGACAAUUUUACAUGGACUUCCUUGUAUGUAAUUAAAAUAAGUAAACAUUAUAAGUUUCUGCAAUACUUUUAUGAAUUUAAGCAGUUUUUACAUAUUGUCAAAACAUUUUAUUGACUACAAAGUAUUGUAAAUAUAAAUCAGUACAUCGUCAAAUGGGACAAUAUUGUAAACUUUACCUGUUUGGUGACACAGAUAAAAUGUUUUUUGAUAUACAGGAAUGUUAAAGGUCUAUUGACUUUCUACUGGUGCUGAAUAGCAUUGUUUGGUUUCUCCUUCCUUCUCUUUUCUCUGUUUCAGACAAUAAUUCACUACAGGUUGGGGGAAAAGAGUUACAUGUGCAUUCACUAAUUGUACACUAAUUGUAAUGAACAUUUUUUGAAAAACAUAAAUUUGUUGUAAAAUGCAUGUUUAUUUUUAGCAUUGUGUUAUUGCAUCUGGUGUUAAUAAAAUGAACAAAUUACUCUAAUGGAAGCAAUUAAAGAAACUGAAAUGUUAUGCUAAUUACCAAAAUUCUGGGGAGGCUUUUUUGUAUAUAAUUAAUAAUUUUGUACUUUUGAAAUGAAUAUAGCAAUAAUAGUUUAUAAUGAAGUGAUUUUGCAUUUGAUAUGGUUUGUUGUAUAAUAGUCUUUGUAAUAUAUGGGGGGGUUUUUUGCCUGUAGCAUACAAGGAUGCUCAAAUGAGUAUCUACAGUUCAGCAAUGUACACGCUGUAAAGAGUACUUUAUUAGAGUUGUGUUAGGCAACUCCUUCUGACACAAAGAUGUCUUAAAUACAUUCUCACUAUAAAAAUGUCUAUUUUUAUUAAUAAUUUUGUAUUAUAAUGGUACUACUAGUUCUAAAUGUUUAAAUUAUGUUCUGGUAUCUCAACUGUCUUUUAUUUAAGAGUAUUAUAGUAGUUGGCUAGUGGCUAAACUUUGAAUAUCCAUUUAAGGGCGCUAAAGCUACAAAAUAUUCCUUGAUUUACAAUGAGGAGGUUAAACUGUUCUUAGUACACAAGUAUUUAGAUGGUUCUGUCACUGUUGAAAAAUGUCCAUCUUCUUUUCUGUCUCUGGAAAUCUGAAAAUAUAAAGCAUGCUUUUGUGAUCAGCAAAGCAGAAAUAUCCUGGCAGAAACAGUCUUUUUUUUUUUUCUUUAUUAGUAGAUCCCAUCCACUUAAGGAAGCUUGAAUUAGGUUUGUUCUUUGAGGGGAACAGACGGUGCAGGAAAUCAUAUGAUAUUCGCAUAUAAGUUUAUCAAGGAACAGGGCAAAUUAAGAGAACAUUAAAUUCAUUUUUUCUCCCCUCACUUGUAUUGCCCAGUGCAGUCCAUAUGUGGUCUGGUAGCCCAGCACGUCCUCAAAGCAUAUGAAGUUCAUAUUUGCUCUUACAGACUGUAUGGUACACUUGGUCUCUGAGCAACACAUACAGUCUUGGAUGUUUUGGACAAUUGUGCAUGUGUUGUGUGGCAUGUUCCCCCUACUCCUGCAUAUUUCUGCCUUCUCUUUCCUUGACAGAAAUACAGACUCAUAUAUACCUAAUUGUGUCAUCUGAUGCAGUAGCAGCUAUAAAGUGCUCCAUCUCAUCAGUCUUCUCUUUGAAUCAGGGCUUCAUCUUCCCGUAGUGACAGUGACCUCACCUUAUGCAGGUAUCCUACAGGUCCUUGAAGAAUUAUUCUGCUUACAGAAUGAGAGGUAAGAAUUGAGGUCGACAUUGCUUUAGAAAACUGCCAGUCUCUUGUUCCAUGAAGGCAGUAGGCUGCUACUGUUAUUUCACAGAGCUCUCUGUGAUAUUAUUAGGAGGUCACUACAUAAAAUGAGAUAGUGUCUGAACUUUGGUUUGCAUGUAGUAUAUAUAAAUUACUUCCUUUGUUUGUGUUUGAAUCUUCCAUCAAAAUUAAUCUUUCUGGUCCUGUAGAUCUAGCAAUUGCUACUACUUUGGAAAAAGAGCUCAUGUUAUAAAGGAAAUCACCAGGCUUUACAGCAUACCCAAGAGAUUUCACAUUCACAGAAAACUUACUCUGUAACCACAAAACCCCUUGAUUCCAAGCCAGUUUUAUUUGCCCAGCCCUGACCAGGUGUGGUGUUCAGAUAAUCAAGCUUCUUGACGGGGUCUGAGAGGAAGAGUGGGCAUAUAGGCAGUUACCAGAACACUUGCUGCCUGGGGCAGUGCUGGUUGUGGUGGAUUCCAGAUAGCCCCGUGGCCAUUACAUUUGGCUCAUCUGAAUUGACCUGCUGCAGGCCUUGUGGUACCUAUACAUCUUUGACUUCCCACUUUUUAGAAAAGCAAAGCAAAAUACAGCAUUGUUUGUGUCGUCCUCGAGAGGCAAACUGCAGUGCAAGAGAUAAAUGAUCAGUAAACAGAGGAACAAAAAAAAACCAACAUUGAACUCAAUCACAAAGUAGAAUAUUCCUGUGGCAUAUGCUACAUUUGUUUUUCCAAUGUUCAGAUUUAUUACCUCCUCAACCACAGGAUCUAGAAAUGCAUAAUUCAGGAGUUAAAAGUGAAUUUUGCAUUUUUACAGCAAUACAAUAUAUGAAGACUAAGAAAAAAAAUGUUUUGAAGACCUCAAGUUAUUUUUGGGUGGAUAAACAGUAACUCAUUAAUCCUUCAUUGCUAUUUGAUCCUUACCAUUUGAAAUUGCACAUGUAUGCAUGUGCAUAUGAUGGAUGCGUGUGUGUAUGAUUUUUCAUGGAUUGUGUUAAGCUGUUUAGGAGCAGAGCUUACUAUUACUUGGUAUCUGCAGACAGCUUGGUAUGAGUUUUUCUGUAUUGAACACCUAAAUUAUAAGUUCUUGAACUUCAAAGAGAUCUUCUGGGGUUUUUUUUCUUGUUCCUUUUGGGCAGAAGAGCAUUUUUUUCUGCAUUCAUCUUUAUUCUCUCUCAUCUAGAGGCCCAGCAUCUCGCUGUUAGAAUAAAGGAAAGGAUUUCUCAUUAUUUUCAGUCUCUAAAGUCUAAUUAAUUAUGUUAUAAAAAGCUGAUUGAGAAAAUGUCACUCAUAAAGCAGUCAGUUAUAUUUAAUCACUUCCAGUGUGUAGUCAUUGCCAGAUGUAGUGCAAUAAACUCAAGGGAGCAUUGCUGUUUUUACAUUACCAAGGAGAUUUACUUUCUUAAACUCUUCAGAUGUGAACACAAAAUACUAUUUUAGACUCAGAUCUCCAGGUUGUUUUCUGUAGUUUAGUACCUGUGGACAGAGGGGUUCGAUUUCUGUUUUACGGAAGGACAAGGUUAGCUGGAGAAGUUUGAACAGUGACAAAAAGCAAUAUUCAUUGUUGCCAUAUUCAUAUCAUUAAAUGUGGCUAAUUAACUGGAGCUCCACUCCAUGAGCAUGGGUGUUACUUGUCCCAGGGUUAGGGUUAUACUGAAAUACAGUGUUAAAAGCACCUUCCCUGGUUAAACUGGAAAACUGAAAAGGUGCCAUCCAAAGUCCUCUGGUCCAGCAGGGGUUGGUGGCUCAAUUUCUUGCUACUUUCUUGCUGGAAGGGUGAAUAUUGCCUGUUUGAGUGCAGAAAAUGCAUCAGCUGGUGUACUGGACAGAGGGAGAUAAAGUUUAUUUGUUGAGUUAAUAAAGCAUUUAAUAUUUAAA